AUUGAGUUGUUCGGCCAUAUUGUAUUUGUUCCGCCAUUAGAAAGAGUGGAUGUGUUUUGACUUUACUUCGAUAUGGAUUCCUGUUUAUGUUAUGUUUGAUUGGAGUUCAGAUGUCCCUUCCUCAUUAUCUAUUGACUAUUACAAGUCAAUUAACGAGGAUGACUUUUGCCUCCUGACUAGGAUUUUCCGAUGGAAGGCGAUCAAAGAAAACAACAGCGCUUCACAAAACGCCGCGAAAGAGUGCACAGUAAGCUAGACCCGGACGGGGGCAAAGAUGAGAUGGACAGUUCUCCCUCUCGGUCGGAUAGCGACAAACCCAGGGCCAAGCCACCUCGACGACGGAGGAACCGUUCCCAUUCUCAUGAUGAAGACAUUAUUGAUGGAUUUGCCAUCCUAAGUUUUAAAUCUUUAGAAGAUUUGAACAACUUGAUGAAACCCUCGAAAACCAUUGAACAGAAAGACAAAAAGAAUGAUUUUGUUAAAAGAAAGAAAAAGAAGACAAGAAUAAAGCCCUGUAGACCUUUAUCACCUGCCCUGAACCAUCGAUUCAGUGACAAUUCCUCAGUACACAGUCCGUACAGUGACAGGACGGAAGAAUUCUCAGACCAGCGGUCAGGAUGUCGCGAUGGAGGACUGAGUGAUGUCAGUACCCAUUCAAGCUCUGGAAGAGGAUAUUUGUGUGACAGUGAAAGUGGAGAUGAACGGGCAUCUAAUGCAAGUUCAGAUUUAUUUUCAACAUUGAACCAUAAUCGAGAAUGUCCUGCCCCUUCCACCACUUCCUGCAGCAGUCCCUGCUCUACACCAAUCACAUCCACUGCAUCGUCACAGACAGAUAGUGGUAUAACCACGGCAACUGUUACUACGACGACCGCAGUCAGUGCAUAUACCACUGCCACAGAAACCAACCCUACAGCUUCUACCACCACCACCACCAGUUGUACUGUUGGAACCACGACAACCAAUUCAUCUGUGAUAGCUAAUGGACCUUUGAUUACAUCAAAAGAGAAACCAAGGUCACCCAUCUCAUCAAAACCAGUUGAUUCUAGAUCCCCUCAUUUGAAGAAACCAUUUCCGAGAGCCUCCAGUGACACACUUCUGCACAAGGACCAGCACAAAUUUUCUCCCUCUCCCGUACGAACCCCUCGGAGGGAGGACCCUAGAAGUGACAAAGACUUUCCUUUGCCACCAAGUUUUGGAUUUUCCAAGCCCUGGCAUAGUGGUAGUACCCCCCAUCUUCACAAUCCCUACACCCCUGUGACCCACUCCCCAGGGAUACCUCAGUUUGGUCUGCAUUCCAGUACUGCCGGUCACAGUUCUUCAUUCUCCAGCCUGCCCCCCAGUCCCCUCCAUAAUCUCCUCCCUCCCCCAGGGCCUCAAAGUAUGUUUGCAGCUCCCCUGCCUCCAGGGGCUGCCAAUGGUUCUUUGACAUCACCACACACAAUAGGAGGAGCCGGUUUGUCAGCACAUGCUUCCCCAGAGUCCAUGUCCCUGGCUAGUCAAGAAAUUUUGCGUGAGGAACUAAAUCGACGAUUUUUGGCAGCCCAGGAGCGGACGAGUCUCCCUGUUAUUGGCUCUACACCGUACGGUCGUGCGGACAUCCACCAACAUCAGCACAUGCAUCAACAUCAACACCAGCACCAGCACACACAUCAACACAUGUUUGCCCUGCCAGGUCUUACUGGGUCAUUAGUCCCCUCCCCAGCCCCACAUUUGUAUGACAAGGUCCCAAAACCAUUUGAGUCAUCAUUUUAUAGAGCGACUCCAGGCUUGCUGGGCUAUCCAAUGGUGCCACCUCUUGUUCAUUCAGGAAGUUCCCUCAAUUCCAGUUCAUCGGGAGCUUUUCAACCAAAGAAAGUAGCUGGUGGCCUGUUACAUCCCGGUCAGCUGAUCCCGACCCUGAGAGAGCAAGAGAAAGUCCCUCCUUCAGCUGCUUCUCUGCCCCACCACAAAAAAAGUGGGAAGUGGUGCACCAUGCAUGUUCAGAUUGCCUGGAAGAUCCACCGCCACCAGCAGGAAAGUUCUGAAGUCUCCAAAGGAGGGGAGGGGAAAAGUCUGGACCCCCUACAGUCGGGCCGGAAUCUGUCCAGUAGUAGUCUCCACAGACCCACUGAUCUGUCCACACCAUCCUCACUGCUAGGUAUGGGUAUGAGCUCAUUCCCUAGGCCCUCACCUUAUCCAUUCUCCAGUCAUGAAGGUUUUGGUGGAUUAGGAAGAGGUGGAAGUCCAUUUGGUACCCCAGGUAGGGAAAUACCCAAAAUUCCAGGUAUAGCUUCACCACAGGAGUGGAGUCGCCUGCAUAGAUCUUCCCCUUUGUUUUCUGGAUCACAUUGGUCCAAACCAGAUGAGAGGGAAAGGGAGAUAGAGAAGGAAAAGGAAAGAGAGAAAGAAAGAGAAGUGGUGCUAGGACUGGACAGACGAAGGGAAGAAAGGGAAAGAGAAAGGAGGUCAAGUGAUAGAGAACGUCGGGGAAGUGUUGAUUUAGAACAGUCUAAGGACAGACCAUUUAUUGGUGGAGAUGUGCGACAUCCUCACACAAUCUCCUCCCAUUCCAGGUCACGAUCAAGGUCACCACUUGUGGGAGGCAGAGUGGGCUCUGCCAAAUCAGAUUCUAGUUACAAUCGUGAUGAAAAAGACAUCAUUAAAGUGAAGGAAGAAAAAGUGGAUGAACCAGAGGUCUCUGCACUGGACAGAGACAAAUUCAGACCAGAUUAUUUACUUGGUGCAUCUAACUUAAUGGACCGUUCAAGGCUUCUGGGUGGGCCUUCUCAAUUUCCUUUUGGUGCAGAUAGGAUUCCCCCUCCCCAAAGUUUAUGGGGAUCCCAGGAGAAGAGUUUAAUGGACUUCACUAGUUACCACAGUCUCCAAUUCCAAAGAGAAAUGGAACAGGAGCGGGAACGUAUGCUGCGAAGACUGCAGCCACCAUCUGUGGGUCUGUAUGACCCUGAGAGAGUUCGCAAGGAUGAAAUUCUUCUCCAGGAAGAAAGACUGAGGCGCGAGUACUUUGAUCGCUUACCACAGUUUGAAAGGGAGCGUUUUGAAAGAGAAAAGUUAGCCUUGGAAUCUAGCAGGCUAGGCCAUUCUAGACAUUUUGAUCCACUGAGAGCUAGUGGUCAUUUUCCAAGAACUAUGAGUCCUCUUGUGAGUCACAGUGGGCUAAAAGUAGGCUCCCCUGCUUUACUGCAAGGACCUCCCCCUCCACUAAUUCCCUCCUCUUCAACCCCCACCAACAGAAGUCAUUCAAAUUCACCUGCUAUGACUAAGCUUAAACUCCCGAGCAAUUCUGAUCUGGACAAGAGAGACUCUUAUUCCAGUUCUAACUUAGAUGGACAUGGAAGGUAGCAGAUGAGUCCUUAAUAGAUCUGAUUUUAUUAACUUACUAUAAUCAGAGGUCAAUCAACUUUAUUUUUUUUAAAUCAAAGUUUGUCUGCCAGCUAUUAACUUUAUAGUUUUUUUUUUCACUUCUCACAAAUUCUUGUGUUAUUUUGAUAUAUGUAAGAUGUGACACCCCCUUCCCCAUUUUUUUCUGGGUGGGAUGUUGAUUAUGUUUGCUUGAUAGAAGAGCCAAAUCUUUCAAAAUUAGAUAUUGAUAAAUUGGAAAUUAUUGUACUAAUUUUGUGUUUUUUAAUAGAACCUCUGAACUGUAUUUAUUCAAAACAUUUCAGCAAGAGUGGGGUUAAAAUAUAGAAUAAUUUGGUUUUCACUUGGGGGAAAAAGUAUAGGAAAGUAAGAUUUUUUUCUUCUCCUGAACAAUAUUCUAGUAAAUAGUUCAGAUAAAAAUUCAGUGGUGGUACUGAUUUGAGUUCACAUUCUUAGUAAGACUAGAUCAGGUGAGCUCUGUGGCCCUUAGGCCUCCUUUUAUUAUAUCCCAGUGUGUGGCAGCUGUUCAUGACAAACAUUAGUUUUUCCUAAAGAUCUCUUAUAUACUACUCAAAUUGUAAAUUCGACUUAUUUAUGGACCGAGAGUCAUGAAGUUACAAAUUUAUACCUUUCUUUUUGUGAAAUUUUGUACUUAGUUUAAUAUUCAUAUGUAUCUAAAGUGCAUGUGGUUUUCUGUGAUGUUGAAUUUGAUUUCAUGAAAUAGUAUUAAUGUUUCAAGUUAAAAGUUAAGGUCUAUGUACAAUUCAUGUACAUGUCUCUUAUCAUCUUCAUCUUGCAGUUUAGUCCAUGGAAUAAAAAAGGUUUUAAUAAAUAUGCAGAAAAGGUUACAGCUUGUUAAAUGCAUUGUUUGCACAGUGUGGUAAACAAAUUGCACAUAUGAUUUGUCUUAUUAUGGAAAGUCUAUAUAUAUAUUUUUUAAUAUGUAUACAAAACAAUCUUAUAGCAAAGCUUAAUGCAAUAUUUCAUACAAACCACAUUUUUAUACCAGUAGCAUCCAAUGCAAUACUUCUUUGCCUCCUUGCAACAUAGUUGCCAGGGGUUUUCAAUAUUUUAUGUACAGAUAUAUAUAUAUGUAAUGUACAGGUCAUGAUUUUUUUUAAAAUACAUGUAAUAUGUUAGAUUUAGAUUUUUUUUCAUUAAGAUUUGGGGUAUUAUAACUGUAAAUUGCUCCCACAUUUUCUCAAAGCAACAAAUGACCCAUCCAUCUACAAGAUGAUGUGUGUUGUAGAAUAAAUUGUUAACUUUUGCUGGACCUGUUUAUUUCCAGUAAAUGUAAAGGUAUAGAACAAGCCAUGUUGAGCUUGCUGGUCAAGCUUCUUCAAACAAAAUAAUUUAUAAAUUUAUAGAAGGAAAAUAGAUCCUAUGUUGAUUUAAGGUUUGCUCUCAGCAAAUAAGUUACACACAAAUAGACUGUUACUUAUACAUCAGUACAAGUACAGGUAGACUUUCUCCCAAUAGAAUCAGGGUUAUUUGUAGUCUGAUGCAAAUUAAUAUAUCAGAUAUCAAAUCAAAGAGUUUUAAUAUAUUGUUAGGUCUUAAAGAAUGAAGUUGUGCUUACUAUCAGAUUUACAAAAUGGUGGUCAUUAAAAUUUCCUCUGUGUAAAUAUAGUGUACUGAUAUUACUUUUAUUGGUGUUUGCAUAUACACAAUUACAUGUCAGUAUAUAAUCACAAACGUGUUCAGUUUUUACAAGCUGAAACCAAAAUAAAAUGUGAAAAAAGAAAA